AAAUUUGAACUCUGGGAAAAAAUAUUCGCCAUUUUGAUGGAGGGAAUUGAAAAUUAAAAAUAUUGUACAUUUAUCGCUUUAUUUACAAGAAAUUGAGAUGGCAGUAGUUAGAGAGUAGUUUCAACUGUUCUUUGUUGUAGAAGAAUCCCCAUUAAUUAAAUUUUUAAGUCCAUUAAUCAAAUAUAUUCAAGGAAAGCGAAAAAGAAAAUGUGACCUUUUUAGCACCGCGUUUUUACUACGACCAGAACAAUAACAUGCGUUUCUAUACGUUCAGUUUACCAAUGUUAACUAACACAAAAUGCUGUUUUAUUGAUGUGAAAUUGAUAAAAUCUUUCUAUUAAAGUUUUCUAUAACUUUUAACAAGAUGACUUUGUGAUCAUAAAAUCAUUUCAGAAGGAAAGGAAUACCAAUUGAGGAAAUUUUAUCACAUUUAUUCAUGUGGAUACAAUUUCUGAAGAUGGAGGAAGAUAUUUUGUAGCAUUUAGUGUGAAUUGCAAGCACUUGCUGCUUUGCAAAGGAAAUAUUCUAACAAAGACAGUCUUCAUUCCUGGACAUUUUACAACAGACCAUCAGCCUCAUUGCGGUGCUAUCUUAUUUUUGCUCAGGUUCUGUUGAAGUUCGCUUUUGUGCUCAGACAUUAAGUGCCUUAGAAGACAGUUGAAAUUUAUUUUAUAUUUGAAUUUUAAUCUAUAUAGAAGCAAGUUGUAAUAACAUAAUUUUGACAAAUUUGGUCAGAUACAAUAGAGAAGUGCAAGAAAAUUAUUGGUCUUUAAACAGACUUAUCUUAGCCUUAUGGCUAUGGUUUAGGAUGGCCACAAAUAACGCUCCAAAGCAUGACUUUGCUCCGGCUUGGCUGAAAAUUCCUAACUCUGAGAAUUCUAAGCCACCCGGUAAUAAACAAGGUGAGACAAGCUCCGAAGAUAGGUUUAAUCGUAAUUAUCAUAGGGAAGAAUCUGCCCUAUCACACAAACAUCCAUAUGAUUCAAGUAGGCUGCAUCGGCAGUUUUCAUUAGAACAUAAAAUUGACGAAAGCAAGCGAUUUCCAUCAGGUGGCAGCAGCAAGUUCCGGCACCAUUCAGUCGAUGAUGACUACUACUACACGUAUGCACCGUAUGGCUACUACAAUGGGUACAGCUACCCUGACAAGUACGGAAUGCACUACAGCUCGCAGCCAUCAUUGUUAAGAUCUGGGGGUCAAAGGGACAGCAAAUAUCAACAUCCUCAUGCAAGAUACGGGGCAGGACAGGGUAUGAAUGUAGGCUAUCCACCAUAUUACGACUUCAUACCACCUUAUGAUUACUAUGGUAACGAACCAUACUACAACAACUAUCCUCCUGGCCGAGGUGGUGCUAAACGAAACUACUAUGAAAAGGAAGGCCGCAGCAAUUCAAAAGAAGGAAAAGAUAAAGACGAGAAGAAAGACAAGGACACGGAGAAAGAGAAACCAUUUAAUGAUGAUUUUCCGUCAUUAAAUGGUGAAGAAAAACCAUCAUCAAAUCAAGGCAGCAGUAAACAGAUGAACGGGACAGGUGUUUGGGACAAUCCACCAAAGGGAAGUAAUGGUAAACCAGGGGAAGAGUCAAAUGAUUCUAGUCAGUCUAAAGUGCUAAGAGAUGCAAAUAUCUACAAAAACCUUGUCCCUAAUAAGACCAAUAUUCCUCGAAGACCGGCCCGAAUGAAUGGCAGCUAUCCACGAGAAACGGGCACAUACGCAGGUCUCAAACCCAACACUCCCACAAGUAGUUCUAGUAACCCAGGAGGCACGAGAGAGGGUACUCAGCCAUCUACUCCACCAAUGGAUAUCCUUAACACCAGAUUUGUUACUCAACCAAAAACACUGUCUGAUAAAAAAAGUCAUUUCCUGAAAACCUUACGUCAAGAGGAUGAGAAGUUGCGGCGGUCAGGGGAGUCGGAGGAUAUUGUCAAUGGUGUAGAUGGUCUAGGUUUACAUGAGGAUGAUAGCAAUUUAUCUAGUUCUCUAGAAGCAGAGCAAAGACUGCUUCGAGAGAUGGGUUGGAACGAGGCUGACGAAGAGGAUUAUGAAAUAACCGAAGAUGAUAUGAAAGAGUUUCAGAACCUCACCAAACAAGUACAACAGCGAAACGGUCCUCUAAAUGGGAUGGUUAAAGCUAUACCAAAACCAUGGAGCCCUAAACAUAUCCCUGUGUAUCUACCAAACACGCAUGAACUCAAUGAUACACUUUCUUCCUCAGAUUCUGACUCGGAUGAUGCCGAUAGUUAAACGUUGAAAUGAAAACAAAUGAGAAAGAAAAACAGCUGUAUGGAUUGCUGGUUCUAUGUGUUUUGAAACUAGUAGGAAAUAUAAUCAGUGAAUUAUGUGCUAAAUAACGCCUACUCUUUAUUAUCUAGAAAGCAUUUUAUAACCAGUGUGACAAUUUGCUCAUCGUUCUUGUGUGGUGGAGAUUGUUCCAGUGCGUAAUUCCUUGCUUUAUUGUCCAAUCACAUAGCUCAGUGAAAAUCAUGUGACCUGUAUGUUGGUGCAUUGUCCAAUCACAUGUGCUGUCAUUGUCAUGUGACUGGGAACAUUAUCCAAUGGGAUGGCUUGAUAAAGUCAUGUGAAUGUGAAAGCAGAAGGAGGAAGCAUGACACUUUUAUUUAACCACACUUAAAAAGAUUUAUGUGCUGCCAUUUAUGCAUGAAGGGUUGGACGUACUGUUAUAGUUAUCUCUAGGAAUACUUUGUGUCUUAACCUCUGUGUGUAUAUAUACAUAUAUAUCAAGACAAAAUCCUGAGAAUAUGGGAGAAAAUGUGUUCGUUGAAGUCAUCAGGAAUUGUUUCAAGCACCAUUCAUUAUUAAAAAAAAACAUUUUUGUAGAAAAUUUAACAAAAGAAGUAUUAUUUUUUGAAAGAGAACAGUUUAUAUUGUGUUAUUGCUAGGACAUGUGAUGCUGAAAUUAUCCGAUAGUAUAAUUGAUUUUUUUUUUUAAAUUUCAUUCUUUUUUUUUUUCUUCCAUUUUUAACCUAAAGUUGAAAGUAAAACUUCAUUCAAAUUUUUUUUUAAUAUAUUUUGAAUUAUUAUUCCACUUUUUCAAAUUUAUUUGUAAUUUUUUUUAGAUUGAUUUUAUAUUUAAAUGUGAGAAUUCUCUACUUGAGGGUGUCCAACGAAGAAAAAAAAGAUUUGCAUCAUCGGCAGGCUUUUUUGAGCAAAGAACAUUUUUGCAUGUCAAAUAUUAUGAUUGUUCUAUGAUGAAGAAGUAAAGUUUUUUUCCUUGUAAAUAAGAUAAAAUUUAUUUUUCUAGAAUGUUAAUAAAUGAAUAAAUAAAUCUUUGCAGACAUUUGCCAUGAAGCCCUUUUUGUACAGAAAUAAUAAAUGAUAAAAAAAAUGUUGAUUGUAUGGAAAGAGAACACCUGAAUUGCCUCUGUCGGAAUUUUUUAACAGAGGUAGGCAAGUCUGACCGAAUAUUUGUGUAGCGCCAUUUGUGCUAUGUUGGUGUAUAAUUGUAAGAAAUGAUCUGGUUUGUUAUUAAAAUUUAUUGUAUAAGCAGGUAGAGGUGUAUCUGUAAAUAAAAUGUCUCUUAAAAAAACCAUUGUGAUCUUUGGUCAAUGUGUGAUAAUAACGUUACUCUAACAUUGUCUUUAUUUUUGUAUGUAUAAUAGUUGUUCACUUGCUUGUACCCACGAUGAAAAAUGUAUUCUAUGUUCUGAUGCUGUGUAGAAGAUAGUUGUUAAAUUACAUGAUGUGGUGAAUUAUUUUCAUGGGUGAUCGGUCAAUUAUGAAAUAAUACCAGUUAUAAUUAACGGAGAGUAAAUGAGGUUUUCCUAUAUCAUAUGAGAUUUGAUAUGAUAAUUACAGCUUGAAUGAAUUAAUAACCAAGGUAUUAAGUUGUUGGGGUUUGUUUUGCAAAUGUUGUGUUUGCAUCAUGCUGAGAGUUAUGCUUUUUUAGCAAAUAAAGUUGGACAAACAGCACUAUGUGCUUUUGCAUAUCAUUAAAUAUAUAAUAUACAUCACCCUUCUGUUUAUGGUUGGGGUGAACGUAAACUCCCCUAAGGGGUUGUUUAUUAAAAUUAUAAACAGGUUCAGAUGUUUUCCAUUUUAUACUAAUGUAUUCAAACUGAAUGAAGAGUAAUAGACUUAAUGCUACAACUGUUUGGUUACAGGAGAUUUUCCCCUUUUUCUCUUGUUUUAUAAUCCUGCUGUUGUUUUUUUACUCCCGAUCUUAAGUUAUCAUGUGGCUGUUCCUUUUUACUCCACCUGCUUUGUAAGAUUUUGUAGCAUUUAGUUUUAUUUUAUUUUUCAAAUGAAAGCAAACACCUU